AGACUUUAUACCCCGCAGCUGGACGUCCAACCUCCGCCUGCCCCUCCUCCUCUUCUUCUCCUGGCACAUCUUCACGUUUGUUCGAGGUUGAAGCGCGUUUCUGAGAGCUCACGCAUCUGCGCGGACAGAUGUCUCAGGAUCCACGCAGUGAUUCUCGCAAUCCUUUUGUGUCCAAUUCGAAGGCUUCAGACAACGUUCUUGUGUGACAAGGAAUUUCUGGUUAAGACCGAAUUCAUGGUUCCGUCAAUCACAGCAAGUUGUCCAGGUCCUGAAGUAUCAAAGCAGACGAAGACCAUCAAACUAAACCCACCAUGUUUGACUCUUGGAAACAUUCCAUGAUGCUUGGGCUCCAGGGCAAUUCGCCACCAUCCUCCAAAAUCUAUCGUUGUGUGGCAUGUACGGCAACCUUUGGCGGACUGGCAGCCUUGCUUGCACACCAGGCAACGCACACCAGCAUGAUCCCAAAGGUCAUUGCUCCUCCUGACACAAGCUUGCAUGGUGCUUUGACUCCAAACUUGCAAUCGUCCAAUCAACCAGCACUGUCUGACAGCGCCUCGCCAUCUUUUUAUAUCUGUGAUUGUGGAGAGGAGUUUCAGGACUUCUGUCUUAUGCUCCAACAUAAGGAAUUACAUGUUUCUCAAUCAAAGUCACCAGAAAUGGCAGAUAGUGGUGCCCUUUCAACCCUAACAGAGUCUACUGAUGCUUUUCCUCACCUGAGUGAACAGUUAAGACCACCGGAAACAAAGCAAGAUUCAGCCCAGGCUUGCUCCUUUACUUCAGGAUCCCCACCUGUUAAAAUAGAGCCCAAUGUUAUUGAAACACCAAAAGAUGGCGAAGCUCUUCCAUUAACUCCUCCUGUUGAGCAAUGUUCAGUCCCCCAAGAAAGUAAUGAAGAACCUGCGCAGACAUCAGCAACUAGUGAGUCAAUUUCCGAGACUAUAAGGGAUUCGCCAUCUGUUCAUAGCAGUGACGGUGAGGAACGAGAGGCUAAAAAUGACAAAUUAAUGAGAAUUCUGGCAUCUGCCUACAUGAAUCACGCCUCCGUUUCACCAUCUAACAAUGACAGUCAUGGUAUCAUCACCCCCAAACAAGAAGCUGUCCCAGUUGAUAUAAUGCCAGUCAAAGAAUCUGAAGAGCCACAUGUCAACGAUCUCUCUGUAGCAAAGUUGAGGCGAUUGCUCGCAAAGACCGGAGUGAAAACAAAAGCUCCAACUAUUAGCCGAAUUAUCGACUCCAGCAGGAAAAAGAUAGUUUCUCUGACAAAAGUGCUCUCACCCGUCGUGGUUCUUGAAACCCGUCAGAAACUCCGAGAUUCUAGCAAUACUGCUCUCUUUGGGAGAUACCAAUGUGGCCGCUGUCGUCGGACCUUUCCGAACUCUGACAGACUAACCGAGCAUCACUUCUUGCACAAAAAGGAGAGAAUUAAAUGUUGCCGUCGCUGCAAACAACUCAUCAUUGGUAAACUACCUUUCACCGACAGUCAUGUCUGUAUUCCGUCGGUGAGAAUGCCUGCGCAGGUGCAAAGUUCCUUUCCUUUGGUCCCCAAAAUCGUGCCAUUCCAUAGCUUUAACAAUGCAAAAAAAACAUUCUUUUGUCAUGUGUGCAAGCACAAUUAUGCCCGUAGGUAUAACUUGAAGAAGCACAAGUGUCAAGGCCCAAGGGUACCCAUGGCUCAGACCCCCACCUCCUCUGACAGACUGCUAGUAUUAAGAUCAAGUAAUAAAGCUUUGACAUCCAGGGAUGGUCCAGGUGAGCAUGAAAUUAGCAGUGUUUCUAUCGGCACUGAAGCCCCAAGGAUCAAAGUGGAGGUGUCCUCUACUUCUGAGCAGUCUGACUUUGCCUGGUGUGGCUUUGCAAAAAGCUUCCCACCAUUCUUACAUAAUGUCAAGUCUUCCAAUAUGGACCAACAUAUGAAUGCCUCUGCGAUGGAACACAAUAACCCGGAAGCAAUGCCUGCUCCUCACGAGAUGGAUGAAGGCCAGUGGACAAUGCCCUUGGAUGAUGAAGCAGAGCUGCUCAGUCCUUCAGACGCCGCUAAUGACGACGAAAUGGAGCCUGAUUCAAAUGAGAUUGCAAACUUGAGCUAUUUUGUCAAAGAUGGUAUAAAGCGCUACCCUUGUCCCAGGUGUCAGAAAACAUACAGUCGUCCAUCUACUUUAGCUCGCCAUUUACGGCUUUGUGGGUUCAGGCCUCGGGGUCCUGCAGUAGGAUCUCACAAUUCCGGUCAUGAUGUCGCGACCCAAAAUAGCACCAAACCAAUGUUCGCUUGCUUUGUCUGUGGGAGGAACUUCAACCGCAAAGAUAACAUGAUGGUUCACAGGCGAAGAUGUCAGUUGCAGCGGUCAGCAACUAAGGAGCCGUCGUCACAGUCCAAUUUUCUGACCGUUCCCAUAAGCGAACCAGAUAAUGACGCAAACAACUGGGGCACAUUGUCACUGCCCUCUGUGCUACCCAGGAGGGUAACUUGCGAGUGUGGGGUUGGAUUUACAUCUCCGAGACUCCUACUGGAGCAUCUUCAGAAGCAUGCACAAGAAUCCUACACGUGCCCAACUUGCGGAGAGACUGUUAAUUCCUGGGCUGACUACGAGGUUCACCUGCAGAUCCACAUGCAUCCUCGUCACCAGCUGCUGAAGGGACUCCAAACACAGCGAUCGCAACCCCUAGUGCUUCGGAUUCAGCAGCAGCCACCUCAACAACCACAGCAUCAUCAGCACCCACCUCCGCCUGUGCCCCAGACAUCACAGAAGGAACCAGUCACUCAGCGUCCAAACGUUGACAAAAACAAGAGGACUAUAUGCAAUCGAUGCGGAAAUUCGUUUGCUUCCAGGUGUUCCCUUCGAAGACACUUAUCUUGGGAUCGUUGCAAGGGGGGACGACCUCAAAAUGCACCCAAAACCUAUCGCUGUUCCCGCUGCAGCAAUGAGUUCCCCAACAUGGUCAGUCUUUUGUUUCACCAGAGGAGCGGCGCCUGCAAACCGGCCAUCAAGCCCGUGCGCUGCCCCACUUGUCUGCGUUGGUUCGGCACUGUGGACGGUUUGCAGAAGCACCUGCUGACACACAAGCAGUCUGAUUCAUACCGCUGUGAUAUCUGUCAGUGUUCAUACCCAAGUUUAAAAUCUCUUAGAACCCAUCGCAAGAGAGUACAUAAUGCCAUGGUCGCAGAUGUAAUGACUUAAAAACAUUGACUGUAAAUUUGUCUUUAAAAAUGUAUGUGUUGAGGAUGUGGUAUUACAAAAUUCCACGUUUUGAAUUUGUGGGCUAUUUGCUUUUUAUUACUUUAAUGUGAAGUAACAUGAUAAAAACACUUUAGUUUUAUAGCAGUUUGCUGCUUUUGGAAUGAAGUGUAGUUUUGUCAAGUCCUGUGUUUCAGGUUCAUGGUUGUAAAUAGUUGCACUUAAAAAUGUAUCAAAUAGUUGUACUGUUCCUUGUUCUAGUGUUUUUAAAUAGACCAAAUCAUAAACAUGUUUUCGGGUUUUGUUCUCUAUUGUAAGUCCAUCCAAACAUUUGGCUCGGUAGAAUGCGGCAUUGCAAUUGUUGGACAACCGUUCUGCAAGCAGAUAACGAAUAAACAAGAUUCUCAGACA